AUGUCUGAAAUCAUGCUCGGGAUGGCGGUAGAUGAAGGCCGCAAUGGUCCCGAGUUCAAGAUGCUCACGCUCGAGCUCGGCGGAAACGAUGCCGCUAUCGUGCUCGACGACGACGUCGACCCCGCCGCGAUCGCAAAGACGAUCGUACAGGGUGUGCUGCACAACGCCGAGCAGACGUGCUUCGACAUGAAGCGCAUCUACGACUCGAUCUAA